AAUUUGGCCGACCUUCUCCUACCAGAAUUAAUCCCCUGGAUGCACCUAAUGACUUUUUUCGCAUUCGUUUAUGUUGUACUUUGCUUGACACUUGCGGAAUGUGUUUUGAUAGAGGUAGUUCAAAGAAAAGGCUUGAGGAUUUCUUGGUGUUUUUCCAGAUGUAUAUUUUAACAAAACAAAGAUUAUCUAUGGAUAUUGAAUUCAUGAUUGCUGAUUUGUUCGAGAUGUUAAGACCAAAUAUGGUCUUGUAUAAAACAUACGAAGAAGCAGCUGAGGAAGUGGAUCAAAAAUUAUUACUUAAUCAAAAAGCUUUUCAACAAGCGGUAGGAGAAG